AUGCCUUACUACGGAGCUUUGAGGGGCCAAUCUCUCGAGAUCACCGAACUCCCCAACGGAACAGUCAUCACAAGAGUUGUGAAAACUCCAAUCGAUGAAUCAACCUCAGAAGAAGAUAUCAUCGAUGUUACCGAACUUGAAUAUCCUCCGUUACCAACAAAAUAUGAAAGAAACGACUCUGACGAUUUUUCAAGGAACAUCAAGAACAUUCAAAAUAACGCUCAUAAGAUCGUGAAACUCCAGGAAAUUGCGAAGGAAAAGGGAAAUUUGACUGAGAACGAAAAAAGUUUGUACAAAGAAAACAUGGAAUCGUUGAGUAAGGCUGCUGAAGAGCUUGCGAAAAUACAAGAGCAGUCUUAUCCUAUAGAUUUGGAGGGAAGAGAAGCGUUGAGCGCUUGGUUUGAGAGGAAAGCGAAUAAUAAAAAAGAUAAAGAGGAUAAAAAGAAAAAAGAAGAUGAGGAUAAACGAAAAAAGGAUGAAGAAGACAGAAAGAAAAAAGAUGAAGAAGUAAAAAGAAAGAAAGAAGAAGAGGAGAGACAUAGGAAGGAAGAAGAGAAAAAGCGUAAAGAACAAGAGGAAAGGAAACGGCAGGAAGAGGAGAAAAAGAGGAAAGAAGAGGAAGAAAGGAGAAAGGAAGAAGAGAAGAGAAAAGCAGAGAGGGAAGAGGAGAGUGAUGACGAGGAAGAUAGUGUUGCUGUGAAUCUGCCGCCAGAUGACGCGUCGGUAGCUGAAGCAAAGCCCGUUGGACUGGCAGUCGCUGGUGACGGUGGUGUAGCCUCGAGCAAACCUGUUGGCACAGCAGUAGUAGGCCCUGGAGGACUGGCCAUAGCUCGACCAAUCGGCACAGCCAUUGCAGGGGUGUCUCCAGACCAAGCUCUUCUACCAGUAUACGGCAUCAACUCAGGAGCCAGCAAACCUACCAACAACACCAAUAGUGACUUCCUGAGUAGACUCAUUGACAAGUAUCACCGAACACACUGACAAGAAAAUAAUGAAUUGAAGUUGAAGAAUAGAAUAAAAAGC